AUGGACGCCCCCUCACACCCUCUCUCCCGGGCUAUCUACAACUUCACCUCCUCAUGGUUCCUCAUCCCCCAAGGCACCAGCAUCCUCGCCGUGAUCCUGCACCAGCUGCACUACCAAUUCAGCGCCCUGCCCACCCUCGCCAAAAUCGUCUGGAUCUACGCCAUCGUACUGCUAUCCCUUUUCCUCGCCAUCUACAUCACCCGCAUAGUCCUCUACCGCCGCCACGUCACGCACGAAAUCCGCCACAACGUCGUCGAGGCCUCCUGCCUCGCCAGCGCCCCGAUCGCUUUCACCUGCAUCAUCCAGAUGAUAACCCUGCAGUACAAAGGACACCCCGGCGCCGAACUAACAGCCUACGUUCUCUGGUGGAUCUCUACCUUCCUGUCAAUAUGCACCGUCAUCGGCGUCCCGUAUAGUCAGCUGAAAAUGCAGCCUUCCGGAAUCGAACACAUGCCGCCCUCUUUUCUAUUGCCCGUAAUCUCGAUCCUCACGUCCGCGGCUGGCGGCGGCGUGAUCAGCUCAAACAGCACGUUCAGCGCCCGUCUCAAGAUCCCCGCUAUCAUUGUGUCUUACAUGGAACUCGGCGCCGGAAUCGGGUUGGCAACCUGCAUCGACGCCUGCAUCGUCUACCACCACUUCGACAGAAAGUACCCCCGCUACAGCGAAGCAUACCAGGACAUGGUAUUGUGCGGACCGUUCGGACAAGCAAGUUUCGCGCUGCAGAUCCUCGGCAGCGCAGUGAGCAGCAGCUUUGGAUCGUAUGAGCGCGGUACGCUGUUGACGGAAGCCGCGGCGGGCCCGAUCGCCGCCGUGAGCGAGUUUGCGGGUGUGUUGGCGUGGGGGUUCGGGACGUUCUGGUGGAUAUUGGCCAUUCUGAGUAUUGUGUAUACGCUCAAGGUGCAGAGUGGCGGGUUUCGCAACGUGGCGUUUUCGCUGAGUGCGUGGAGUUUGAUUUUCCCGUGGGGCGUGUACAACAAUGCCGCGGUGCAGCUGGGCAAGCUGAUGGAUGCGCCGGCGUUCGAUGUCUGGUCGACGGUUUUGCUGCUGAUGCUUCUUGUGCUGUGGGUGCUGCUGAAUGGCCUUACGAUCAAGGGGAUUGUUACGGGGAAGCUCUUUGGGUUGGAGAGGGGGUGGAGGGUUCCGAAGAGCGAGGGUCAGACUGUUUAG